UAAUUCGGGUUCUUCUACAUAACGUUACAAUACAGUUGUUUCGUGUUUUCUUACGUAAAAAAACGCAUCUUUAUAGUGUUUUGGCUUAGAUAAGAGGAUUUCGGCAUGUUCACCUGUAGUACCUCCCCCUAAACAUUGUUGCAAACUGUUGUUGCAUUGCGGUUCCGAGAAAAAACCCGAUCAGACGUCAUUCGGCCAAUCGCCUCUCAGGGGCUUUCCAUCAUGGCGUCUAUGCAGAAGCGAUUACAAAAGGAAUUGUUGGCAUUGCAAAGUGAUCCACCUCCUGGAAUGAAACUGAAUGAGAAAAGUGUGCAGAACACAAUCACUGAGUGGUUUAUAGAUAUGGAAGGUGCUCCAGGUACUCUCUAUGAAGGAGAGAAGUUUCAGCUCCUCUUCAAAUUCAGUAGUCGAUAUCCUUUUGAUUCACCUCAGGUAAUGUUCACUGGAGAGAAUAUACCCAUCCAUCCGCACGUCUAUAGCAACGGUCACAUCUGUUUAUCUAUUUUAACGGAGGACUGGUCACCAGCUCUGUCGGUGCAAUCUGUUUGUUUAAGCAUUAUUAGCAUGCUGUCAAGCUGCAAAGAAAAGCAACGUCCUCCAGAUAACUCCUUUUAUGUAAAGACAUGUAAUAAGAAUCCAAAGAAAACUAAGUGGUGGUAUCACGAUGAUACAUGCUAGUAUCCUCACAAUUUUGAUAUAUAAACAGACUUUUCCAAGUACAUCAAGUACUUUAGGAUGCAGUCUUUUGGGUUAAGACUGAACCAGCAGACCCUGGGAUGGUGAUUUAUGUGUGGAUUAGGCGUACACUUCUGCUGACUGGAAAAAGUGCAUAAACACUGCAGGAAUGUAACCCACCCAGCAAGUAUAUUUUGUGGGAAGCAAGAAUUUUUUUAUUUUAUGUUUGAUUUAUGUUGUAUUGUUUUGCACCGACUGUGCAAUAAUAACUUCAGUGUGAGUUUUGGAAUAAAAGGAAAGUCAGUGCAAAUCAGAAACCCAGCUACUGUGAUGGAUCAAUCAUCUAAAGCAGAGACAGAUGUCUAUCUUUGCCGUGCUUGGUUAUGCACUGUGAAAUUCGAACAAGGCAUAUUUUUACAAAUAUUUUAUGUAAUAUUUUUAGCUGAAUAUUUUAAAACCAUAGUUUCUUUUAAAACGUAAGCCAUUUUAAGUUGAAUAUUGUAGCUGGGUGUGGUGUAUAGUAGGUUAUUAUUCUGAUGAAUGUCAUAUUUACGAAUAUGUACAGAUUUAAUGCAGGGUGUUGAUCAUAUGACAUGAUCUUAGGUUAUUUGGAAUUACACAGAGGCUUUAUGGGUUAGGAUUUAAGCACUGGUUUUAUAGAUAGACCCCCACUUUGUGUAGUUAAUACGAGAUAACUUUAAGCAUAAUCACUUUAUCUUUUAUGUGAAGCUCUAUCUAGGUAUAUUAAAAUUGUCUGUUUGAUUUUAUGAUUUAUCCUACUGUGCUGGGAAAGGUUACUUUUCCAUGCUGUUAGCUUUAGAAAAAGUAAAGUUUGUCUUCAUUGUUUUGUUAAAGCUUUAUUUAACUUUAUUUAAAAGAAAUGUUCUUAUUAAAGUAAUAUAUUUUGAAAAGCU